ACAGAGGUGACGUCACGGCGCCCAGAGCGAGGCUGGGGUAGAGAGGCCGACUGAGCAGGAAUCGUCCGCUUGUCGUGGAGGCUGCUAGGGAGCCGGCGAGAGGGUGAGCGGGCGAGCAGGCAAGCAGGCGAGCGAGCUAGAGCAGGAAGGAGGGAGAGUCGCGCGGCACAGAGGCGCGCCGGGGCUGGGCCGAGGCGGAACCCACAGCCGGAGAAGGGCAGCCUGAGCCGGGCGCCGCGGGGUCCCCACCCCCACUCGGCCGGACAGUGCCCGGUGUUCCCCCGUGCGGGGGGCGGCGGCGGCGGCUGACGGGACCGGACAAGACCGCGGGGGUGUUGCCACCUCCACCGAGGAGCCGGCGCGACCGCGGGCUCCUCAGAGCCGGGGCCCAGGGCCCGUGACAGACGGGCCGAGGAAAGGAGAGAGGCGGCGGCGGCGCAGGCGACGGGGAGGCAGCGGCGACACCAUGUCAUCCCCUAGUCCGGGCAAGAGGCGGAUGGACACAGACGUGGUCAAGCUCAUUGAGAGUAAGCAUGAGGUUACAAUCCUGGGAGGACUCAAUGAAUUUGUAGUGAAGUUUUAUGGACCACAGGGAACACCGUAUGAAGGCGGAGUAUGGAAAGUUAGAGUGGAUCUUCCUGAUAAAUACCCUUUCAAAUCUCCAUCUAUAGGAUUCAUGAAUAAAAUUUUCCAUCCCAACAUUGAUGAAGCGUCAGGAACUGUGUGUCUAGAUGUAAUUAAUCAAACUUGGACAGCUCUCUAUGAUCUUACCAAUAUAUUUGAGUCCUUCCUGCCCCAGUUGUUGGCCUAUCCCAACCCCAUAGAUCCUCUCAAUGGUGAUGCUGCAGCUAUGUACCUCCAUCGACCAGAAGAAUACAAGCAGAAAAUUAAAGAGUACAUCCAGAAAUAUGCAACGGAGGAGGCACUGAAAGAGCAGGAAGAAGGCACCGGAGACAGCUCAUCGGAGAGCUCUAUGUCUGACUUUUCGGAAGAUGAGGCCCAGGAUAUGGAGUUGUAGUAGAAAAAGCACCUGCUUUCCAGAAAGACUAUUAUUUCCUAACCAUGAGAAGCAGACUAUAAUAUUCAUAUUUAAACAAAGCAAUUUUUUUAUUACUAAACAAGGUUUUUAUGAAUAAUAGCAUUGAUAUAUAUAUAUUAUAUAUCACCCUUUAGAUCUUGAUUUCUUGGUCAUUUCUCAACCUGAGGUGCAUAGCAUAUUCCCACAUUCCAUUUUGGUAGCAAUAUGCGGUCUGAAUGCAUGCAUUCAUAAGUCCAUUUGGCCAAGUCAGCCUCCGUGCUACUGAACUGUCAAAAGAAAUAGCCGCUCUGAUAGAUAGACAUGAGUAAAAAUAACAGGAAAAAGUUGCUUUUAUUGAUGGUUCCAAAGAAACAAACCAAACCAACCAACUCUUGGACGUGAAGAUAGAAUAGUGCUUUUUCAAAAUGGAAAGGAAAAAAUUGGAGAGGAAAAGGCCUGCUGUGGGAGCGUUUAGAGCGAGCCACGUCAGCAUCAGAGCUGCUCCUUCCUGGGCAUCGUAGGUGACCCCAUUUCUGUGGAGUAACGGUAUAAAACAGGGAGCUAAUUGGAGUAUUGAAACUUAAAACAAUUUUUUUGACUUGGAUUUUAAGUACAUUUUUAUAUGUAGAUUCCUGCCCUUCUCGCUACCAGGCCCUGCAGCCACAAGUGUUUGCUUUGGAAGACCUUUUGGAAAUGUUUUCUGAAUCUGAUUCUUUUUCUUGGGGGUAGACCUUGUAAUCCAGACCUUUUUUGAGAGAACAGGACAGGAGAAAAGUGACUGGGAAGAUGUUUCCUCUCAUCCGACACCUGCAGAGUCACAUCCUCGCCCUCUUGUUGGCCACUUUGAGACCGCUGCCCUGGACUGAGAGCUUUAAGUUUGAGGGUGGUUGUGGGUUUGGGUUUGUUUUUGUUUUGUUUUUGUUUUGGUGUGUGUGUGUGAAUUGUGCUUAGACAGGUUGCAGAUUUAAUCUUCACCUACCAAGAGAUGGCCUCCUCCUCGGACAGCCGCUCAGUGGACCAUUAGACUCGGGAAGAAGACCCUUCUGGUGGCUGUCCCUCCUGGGUACUCUCAUUCAUGUUUUCGUUUUGUUUUCCCUUCUGCUGCUGCUCUUGGCAGCAGCUUGGUCAUCGUCUGCUUGUGGGAGUGGGAAAUGGGUAUUUCAGACCCAGCACACAUUCUAAAUUUAAAACGAGUAAUAAUUGGAACAAAUAAGGUUCUUGUGCCCAAAGUGACUCUACAUGGGAAAAACAAACACAGCUUUUUUUUCAGAGUGAGACUGAAUAGGAGGAAGGGAUUCAGAAAUAGGACGUAGUAGAACAGGUUUUGAAAGAAGAAAAUUUUCUCUCAUAUAUGUUAAGAGGAAAUCAGACAGUUUAAAUGCCUGCUAAUCAAAUGUUUACUCAGCUACCCAUAUGUCCAGGUUGCUGGCAGGGUUUCUUUCAGAAAGUGUUGGCCUGCUGAAUUUGGAGAACUUCAGACAGUAGCUGUGUGGGGUUUUUUUGUUUGUUUGUUUUUUGCCACAACCAAUAGGACAACAGCAGAAUUAGCCAAUCCUAAGAUCUUCUAAAGAUGAUUUUUGAAUGUCCCACGAGGAUAAUUUAAUUUCUCUUUCCAAUGUGUGUCUUUAGUUUAGAAGAGCUGUAUUCCACAAGAUUUGAGUCAAUGAGGUUGGAAGAUAUCUUUUUUUUUAAUUCAAAAAGCACAAUCAAUCUUUUCUUUGAAAAAUCUAUAUAAAGUACAACUUGCUUUUAGCAUGAUUAUUUUCCUAAAUAAAAAGCAAAGAAUUUACUUAUUUUAUGUUAAUUACGGGCAUGAAGCAAAGGUUUUCUUUUUUAAAAAAAUUAAAAGUGCAGUUAUGUAGGGCUGUGGUUAGUUCACCGUACUGAGUUAUCUAUCUAGCAUUUGUGGCUUGUUGGAAGGGUAGUAUUAACUAUUUAACAUGUAAUGGUGUACUUUAACUCUUAUCUAGCACGUUGUCUUCUCAUUACUUUGGGGGAGGGAGGGUCUCUGCUGGCACUGUCUAACUUGCUUACCUGCUGAAUUAGCAGUUUGCUUGUGCUAUAGCUGUUACUUGUAGGUGCGACGUAGGGUAGGCUUAAAGUGCUGGGUGGUGACUUGAGUUCAAACAAUAAAAAAUUGUAUUUUUUCAAUAUCGUAUAAACAAUAGUGUUCUAAUUACCUUUCCAAAAAAAAUAAUGUCCAGAUAAUAAUUGCUUUUAAUCUUAUCAAAAAACCAAAAACCUAGGAGAACCAAGUUUAGGGAAGGGAUGUGAGCAGUGCCCCCGCUCUGCUCCCUAACUAAAUCCGUGUUUCUCUAGCAAAAAACAUCAGCUUGCCUGCCGAUCGAGAGCUCCAGCACUAGGAACCCAGUGGUGCAGAAUUUCCAAAUAAAGAUUUCUUGGGGGAGGAUUUAAGGGCCAAGAAGCAGAUCUGAGUGUGGAUGCAAGUGUGUGUGCACAUGUGUGAACCCAUGCAGGUCUGUGUGAUGAAGGCACGAUUAGGCUUCUCUGUGAGCCCUGGACGCUCCGGGAAUUGCUGGCCACAUCCCGCUGGACCCUCUCGUUCUGUCCAAGUCUAGCCUUUCUGGGCACUCACCUUGGUCCUGUGCGUGUUUUUGGCUCUGUGUGGAGCUUUUUCCUCUCCACUGGGAAACUGACUUUGGAUACGUUAAACAGAAUCCCUUCUUACACCAACUUUCUGUCCCUUCCCUGUGCCUGAGAAAGGUAGGAGUAGGAAAGGAAGCUGGAAGAAGGCCUGGCUGUGACUCGGGACUCUCGGGCCCUCCAUAAUAGAUGCUGGAGUGGGUCUGAAGCAGAGGGUAGCACAACAUCAAAAGCUUUUCCAGGUUGUCCCAUCAUAGCUUUCAGAGAAGUAUCCAGAGCCCGUCAGCAAAGCUGAACAUUGUUGUCUCUGAAGGUGGUGGUAGGUCAGGGCUGCGUCCGCCUGUGGCCCUCCCCUUCCCUUCUAAUACUCAUCCUUGUUGAAACCUUACCUUUUGGCUCAUCAGCACAAGCCCUUCUCUGCCCCUGUUCAAAUGACUGAGCUCCACCUCUUGCCAAACACCAACAAGCAAGACGGCUGCACCACAGCAGCAUGUGAUCCACUGCCCGCCCGCUGCCCCAGCACCGGGGCCUCGUGGGUUGCGUUUAUGAUAGCCACCUAGACCCUGGCAUUUUUGCUCUUUGCCUCCAAUGGCACCUCCCUCCUUAAGCUUACUGUACAGUUUCAACCAGCGUUUUAUACCAGUGAGAUAGUUAGCAGAAGUUGCCACGUAUCUCUCCGGUACCUAACGGUUUUCUUCCACUUCAAAAGCUGUUCUAAUUGCCAACUGGCUGACCUAAGCUCCAGAAGAGUGUCUCCCCUCAAUGGAAUUUUUCCCGCAAAAGGCUCCCUGAAGCCCUAGUUGGCCUUGGCCUGGCACUUGUUUUUUUAUUAGGCCUCCUGUCGGGAUGGCUGAGAAUCAUGAAAGACAGAUCCUCUGCUAGCCUCCGUGGUGAAGUUGUUUGACACCAAGUUCCUGAGAACUAGUGUUUGAUUUUAAAAGGCAUGUGACCCUUCUGUGUUCUAGGGACUCAAUUAGAAAAGUGAAAGCCAUUAACAAAAAUUAGUAAGAGUAUUAUUCCUCUCACCAACUUCCUGACUGGGUUCUCGGUCUUGUUGACUGAAAUCAAAUCAUUUCUGACUGGGCUCAAAGACCUGUGUUUCUUUGGACUUCUGAAUCCAUGUGCAUAUUUCCUCUGGCCACUGAACACCUUGGCGAUUCCAUUAGGGUCUGGAUGGGGUGAGGUCUCUUGGGGAAGGGGGAGGAAGCCCUUGGGUGUGCAGGUUCUCCACUCACCUGAGGAAGGGCCAGGACUCUGAAUUCAGCAAAUACCCGUCUUGGCUGUGGGCUUGGGAAGAAAUGGCCUUUAUUUACUGAUUGUAUUUGGUACAUAUUGUGUGAUACUUGAAGAGAUAAAAGGGAUUUACCAGCCCUUAAUUGAAAUCUAAGCUUUUUAUCACUUAUUUUUUCCUUGCCCUCUCUCCUCCCUUCCACCUUUUCCCUUGCAUUGUGAUGAUCUAGUGGGCACUUCUGUCAACAAGACAAAUGCCUCCUCUGACUAUAACCUCUUAAUAGUUGUGUAUAAUGAAAACUGUAAACUUUUUUAAAUAAAAUGUGUAUAUACCUUG